AUGGCUACCUUGCAGUCAUCUUUAAGCAAUGCAGCAUACAAAAUUCAAACUCCCCAAAAGUUAUUCAUAACAUUGAACUGCAAAAAAACCAGAAACCUUAUAUUCUCCAACAAAAGAAAUUUCCGAAAACAAUCAACAAGCGUCAAAUGCUCAGCCAUUCCAAGUUUGUACCCUGAAAUUCGAGAAACUGACGAAGAACACAGUUGCGAGGACACGAGGCCUAUUAACGAAAUCUGGAGAGAACUUCAUGGCUGCAACAACUGGGAAGGCCUAUUAGACCCCAUGAAUUCACAUUUACGUAACGAAAUUAUUCGUUAUGGUGAAAUGGCUCAAGCCUGUUAUGAUUCAUUUGAUUUUGAUCCUGACUCAAAAUACUGUGGCACUUGCAAGUACCAAGGGGCACAUUUCUUUGAAAGAUUAGGCAUGGCGGAUAGGGGCUACACUUUAACAAGAUAUCUCUAUGCAACUUCAAAUAUAAACUUGCCAAAUUUCUUUCAGAAAUCCAGGUUGAGCAGUAUUUGGAGUCAGCAUGCAAACUGGAUGGGGUACGUGGCGGUAGCCACCGAUGAGGAGGAGAUCCGCCGACUAGGGCGGCGGGACAUAGUGAUAGCGUGGAGGGGCACCGUCACCUACUUGGAAUGGAUACAUGAUCUUAAGGACAUUUUACAUCCUGCCCAUUUUAGGAAUGAUCCUUCAAUCAAGAUUGAAUCAGGGUUCUUUGAUCUGUACACAACCAAGGAAAAUACAUGCAAAUAUUGCGCAUAUUCGGCUCGUGAACAAGUUCUAGCAGAAAUCAGGAGGAUUAAACACCGGUACCCGGGUGAAAACUUGAGCAUAACAAUAACAGGCCACAGUCUUGGAGCAGCCUUAGCUCUGUUAAGCGCCUACGACAUUGCUGAGGUUGAAUUAAACGUUGUAGACGACGGAAUAACGACGACGAAAAUCCCCAUCACUGUAUUUUCGUUUUCCGGUCCUAGAGUUGGAAACUUGAAGUUCAAAGAAAGGUGUGACGAGCUUGGAAUUAAGGUUCUAAGAGUCAUUAAUACGCAUGAUAAGGUCCCAAGAGUGCCCGGAAUUAUUACAAAUGAGAAAUUCCAAUAUCAAAGGUACAUAGAGGAGGCCAUAUCAUUUCCAUGGAGUUAUGCACAUGUUGGAGUGGAAUUGGCACUGGACCACACUCACUCUCCUUUUCUAAAGAACACUAAUGAUAUUCGAUGUUCUCAUAAUCUUGAGGCCCAUUUGCAUUUAGUGGAUGGGUACCACGGAAAAGACAGGCGAUUUUGCUUGGUCAACAAAAGAGAUAUUGCACUUGUUAACAAGAGUUGUGACUUCUUGAAAAGUGAUUACGGUGUGCCACCAUUUUGGUGGCAGGAUGAGCACAAAGGGAUGGUGAGGAGUAGCGAAGGGCGGUGGAUGCUGCCAGAGCGGCCGCGGAUUGAGGAACUUCCACCGGACACUGCCCACCAUUUUGAGCAAGUGAUCAAAUAUGCUAAGACCAAGUUACAUUUACUAUAG